CCUCUCUCUCUGCCCCUUCCCCUCUCACUCUCUGUCUCCCAAAAAUAAAUAAAUGUUAAAAAAAUGUAUGUUAAAAAGAAAGGAGAGGCUACAGAAUAAAUUAAUGCAAACGUGGAGAAUUGACGUAUUUAUGGCAGAUAUUACUGAAGCACGUUAAAGAAAACAUCCCCCUCUAUCCAGUAAAAAGACUUAGUAUCUGCCAAAAUUAAGGAUGACUCCCAGCCCUGGAAGAUUGCACUUUUUUUUUUUUUUUUCCAUCAUGAGGAAACUAAUGUCAAGAUAUCAAUAGACAGGGAUAGGCCAAAAGAAUUUUGCUGUUCUCUUUAUGUGCCUAAGUUGCAAUGCCAGUUGAUAGUUGGAUAUUAUUUCUCCAGCUCCUGCCAAGGCAUGGCGAUGGGGGUCUUCAAUUAUCUCCCAUGUCUAGGACCAGAGCUAGCAAAGAGAGAAUGUGUUCUCACCUGUUUUUUGUUUUUGUGUUUUGUUUUGGGUUUUUUUUUUUUUUUUUGUUUGUUUUGUUUUUGUUUUUGGUGCUUUCCUCCAGGCGAGAAUUGUGGGCCUCUAGGGAAAUCCUACAAUUUUCUUACCCCAUGAUGGCACAAAAAGAAAGACACUUUGUCUAACAGGAAUCUUAAAAUGCAAAAAGUAAGUUCCAAGAGCGGAGACUCCUCAAAAGGAAUCUGAAAACUUCCCGUGUCUUCGUGAUUUGUAGAAAUAGGCCUCUUAUAAGACCUCCACCCACCACCCACCCAGACUCGUGCUAGCUAUCCCCUGAUUAAAAACAGAAGGCACUGGUUGUUAAUUCUUUCUGCUUCAGAGAAGGAGAAACCUAUCACAGGACUAUGUCAGCUCUGAAGUGUGGAAGAUCUUCCAGAGUCCCCUUCAAUGGAAACAAGCCGUGAAAAGGGUAAAUGACUGGCGUGCGGGUGACCCCGGCAGGGGCACGGGCCUCCUGGCUGCUGCGGCGCAGGGGCUUCUGGGGAUUGUAGUCCGCAGACUUUCCUGCGCAUGCGUUUUGGGCUCCGGCGGGCGCCGUGGGCGACCUUGUUUGGGGCGCUGAGUUCUGCGUUCUCGGGAUCCCACUCUUUCCAAGAGGAAGACAGUAUGGUUAAGUUCCGGGAAACUGUGACCUUCAAGGAUGUGGCUGUGGUCUUCACUGAGGAAGAGUUGGUGCUAUUGGACAAGGCGCAGAUACACCUGUACCAGGACGUGAUGCUGGAGAACUUUAGGAACAUUGUCUCAGUGGGAGACAGGAUUAAAGACAACAUUUCACAUCUUCAGGGAAAAGGGUUGAGUUAUCUCUCGCCAGAAGGGCUCUACCGCUGGCCGAUUUGGAAACAAAGGAUCAGUGAAUUAACUGGGAGUCAGGAGUGUAUCAUGACUGUUCAAGGAAAUUGUCCCCAGUAUUUAGAAGGAGAUGUUUUCCUCUCUGAAGAAUGGGCGGGAGUGUCUCUUCAGAUUUCUGGAAGUGAGAACUAUGUAAUAAAGGCCAUUAAUUUAGAAAAUCAAGAUGGCACAGCGUGGAAAGGCCCGACACAAGUCCUUACACCCGAGUCUUGGAAGGAAGCCCACAUGACUGAGCACCAGAAUUCUCAAGGACAAUAUGAGAGAAUUCACGUGGAACAGACACUGUAUGGAUGCGCUCAGGGUGAUGGCCACAUCAGUCAGACAUCACGGGGUCAUGGUGAUUCCCAGGAAUGUAAAGAAGAAGAUCCCUGUAGAUACACUGACUGUGGGAAGCACUUGGCAGUGAAGUCAACAGUGCAUAACGUAGUCCCUGUGGUACCACAACCUGUCAAAUGUAAUAACUAUGAGGUGGGAUAGAUAGAUGUUGCAGACCCUCUUGUCCAUCCCAGCACUCACGUAGGAGAACAGUCUUGUAGAUGGGACCAGUGUGGAAAGGACUUCAGUCAGAGCUCAGAUCUUGCUGUUCAUUAUAAAACUCAUUCAGAGGACAAAGCUUAUGAAUAUCAAAAGUGGGCUGAGGGCUGCAAGCAGAGCGCAGACCCUCCCAGAUACCAGAAGGGCCCCUCGGGAGACAAACCCUAUAAAUGUCCCGAAUGUGGCAAGGUCUUCGGGCACAACUCCUCUCUUCACAACCAUCACCGAGUCCACAUGGGGGAGAUGCCCUACAGAUGUGAUGUGUGUGGGAAGGGGUUCGGAUUUAGGUCCCUUCUUUGUAUUCAUCAGGGAGUGCACACAGGGGAAAAGCCCUACAAAUGUGAGGAGUGUGGGAAGGGCUUUGAUCAGAGCUCCAAUCUUCUUGUCCACCAGAGAGUCCACACUGGCGAGAAGGCCUACAAAUGCAGUGAGUGUGGCAAAUGCUUCAGUUCAAGCUCUGUUCUUCAAGUCCACCAGAGGCUGCACACAGGGGAGAAGCCUUACCGGUGUGGCGAGUGUGGAAAGGGCUUCAGCCAAAGCACACACCUUCACAUUCACCAGAGAGUCCACACAGGGGAGAAGCCCUACACAGGCAACGUGUGCAGAAAGGCUUUUGCCUACCGUUCAGUUCUUCACACUCAUCAGAGAGUUCACGCAGGAGAAAAGCCUUAUACAUGUGACGUGUGCGGUAAGGGCUUCAGUUACAGCUCAUAUUUUCACUUACAUCAAAGAGAUCAUACCAGAGAGAAACCGUAUAGAUGUGAUGAGUGUGGUAAGGGCUUCAGUCGGAAUUCAGAUCUUCAAGUGCAUCUCAGAGGCCACACAGGAGAGAGGCCCUAUAAGUGUAAGGAAUGUGGUAAGGACUUCAGUCGUAACUCAUACCUUCUUGCUCACCAGAGAGUGCAUAUGGAUGAGAUACACUAUGUGUAUCGUGAGGAUGGCCAGGGCUUUCGUUACAGCUCAGACCUUCUUACUCAUCAAAGACUGCACAAGAGGACGGAAACAUUCUCAAUGUAGUUAGUCAGGGUUCAAUCAGGAAACCAAGAAAGUCCAUGCACUGAAGGUGAUAGAGGCUUACUCGGCCAUUGGGAGGGCUGGGGCAGCAAAGGACAAGGACACUGUCACCCAUGAUGUCCUGAGGCACGGAAGCAGGGGUUCAUAAGAGCAUUCCAGAGAACUACUCUGGAUCUCAACAAUGUCUGCAAGACUCCCAUCAACUGUCGCAUGCUACAGUGGCAAAGUAAGUGAUAACUGACGGACGGACGGUUUGUGGCAAUGACAAUAAUUAGAGAUCAGAUUUCCAUGAGUGGAUAUGCCCAGGAAGGAAAUUAUAAUUGAGAUGAGUACACUGAGGCUUUCAGGCCAGCCAAAAUCUGUAGAUUUUUUAAAGAGUGUACCUGCUAGAAAGAUACUCAAAAUGAGUGCUCAGAAAUGAAACCCAUGUUAUUGUUAUUCGUGUGGUGAGAAUAUUAGUCCAUAUUCUCAGGUUUCCAAACCCAUAAGGUUCUCUACACAGCGAGGGGCUCUCUAGAAGUGAUACUUUAUGGGCACGGCUGUGUGUUCAUCUUGCUGGCUCCAUUUCUUGGUCACGUAAAGAGACUUCGUUUCCCAGAAACCCUUGCAGUUGAGAGCUGGUCCAUGUGAUACAGUUCCAAGCAACAGAGUACGAGCAAAAGUGAUGUAAGCUACUUCCAGGCCUGACCCUUACAGACAUCUUGUGAUGUCCUCCAGGCAUCUUUCCUAGAAAUGUUUCCUAGAGGCUGUUCCAGGCUGGAUUGGUGGAAGGUGGCUAUCUGAUCUGUGUUAGACCUUUUUU